UAGCACCAAAAGUGACAAAUAUUUGAGAGUAGAAUUCUCUCUCAUGCAGCUCUAUUCAUUCAUUUGCUCUCUCAUCCUAUUGUUCAGCUAUGUCUACUCAAAAUCAGAUAUCAAUCUCAAUUAUUACUUCACACUAGCUGUGCCUGAGGAGUACAACAUGGGAUUCAUUGGGAGAGCUUUUGUGAUGGAGAACAACAAAAUGGAACCAAAUUUCAAAGUGGCAUUGAGUGUUGAAGCCAUUGAAGGGAAGUUCUCUUGUUCCUUGGAAGUGUUCCUCGGAGAUGUCAGAGUCUGGAAUUCCGGGCAUUAUUCGAGAUUUUACGUGUCGAAUAAGUGUGUUCUUGAGCUGACUGGUGAUGGAGAUUUGAGGUUGAAGGGUCCAAAAGAGAGAGUGGGAUGGAGAACUGGUACUUCUGGACAAGGUGUGCAGAGGUUGCAGAUACUAAAGACAGGCAAUCUAGUCCUGGUUGACGCCUUGAACCGUAUAAAGUGGCAGAGCUUCAAUUUCCCAACGGAUGUGAUGCUUUGGGGACAGAAACUCAACGUUGCCACUCGGUUGACUUCUUUUCCUACAAAUUCUACCUCAUUUUACUCGUUGCAAAUUGAGAACAACAGAAUUGCAGUCUAUUUAAACAUUGGUAAGUUAAACUACUCCUACUGGGAAUUUAAGGCUUCCAAGAACAGAAACAUCACGUUUAUUGAAUUGGGUUCGAAGGGACUAAUGUUGUUCAAUGAUAAACACAAGAAAAUCGCGCAGAUUCCGUCCCAUGUUUUUCAGCCUCUUCGGUUCCUCGCAUUGGGGAACAGGACAGGCAACUUGGGACUAUACUUUUACUCUCCAAGCAAAGCACAAUUUGAGGCCUCCUUUCAAGCGCUCAACACAACUUGUGAUCUCCCUUUGGCCUGCAAGCCUUAUGGAAUUUGCACUUUUUCGAACGCUUGCUCGUGCAUUCGGGAAGAUGGGGUCGGUUCGAAUUGCGACGGAGGUUUCCCGAGAGGGUUUUGUGGCGGUGAAGGCAACGGGGUGGAGAUGCUUGAGUUGAAGGAUGUUAGUAGUGUGCUUAGAGUUGCUCCUAAAAGAGUGAAUGUUAGCAAAGAGGAAUGUGAAAAGUUGUGCUUAGACGAUUGUCGAUGUGCUUCAGCGGCUUUUUCCUCAGGGGCUAAAGAUUCACAAGUGUGCUUUUUGUAUGAAUUUGUUGGGGGGCUUAAACAGGUUGACAGACGCAGUGGAAUGAGUUACAUGGUUAAGGUUCCAAAGGGAACUCAUGGGGUUCAUGAGAAGUCCAAUGUGAAGAAGUGGGUAUUGAUAUUGGUAGGAAUUGUUGAUGGGUUCAUUAUUCUGCUUGUUUUGGGAGGACUUGGUUAUUAUUUAGUACGAAAGAGAAAGAGGAACUUACUGGAUAAUGGCAAUGACACUUGA